UACUUAAAAAAAAAAAUGUAAAAAUUAUUAAACUUAUAUUAGAUUUUAAUUUUUCAAAGUUGAAAAGGCACUGAUUUUGUAUCGCUUUUAUAUCAUGCCACGUCACCUGAUCACGGCAGGCCUAUAAAUAGGCAUGAUGAUACACAAACUUCACAUACCCACCCAGUUACUGGGCGCUUCCCACAGCCUGAAGCUCACGCAAUGCUAAAUUCCCUAUGAAAUGGAACGUAUGUUAUGUAGAUUAUCCGCCAUACAAGUCCCUGCAAAUGAGCUAUUACAAUAGACAGAUUAAAAGUAUUAGAACAAGUACGUUAAUAUAGACCUGUGAUUUGAGUUACUGUACAGCAGGAACUACUAUCAGAGCUAGAAAAUUAAUCAACAUCUUUUGACCAAGCAACUCUGUGCCAUAGGCUAUACAAAUGAUUACACAUUAGUUAAAUAUUUGUAGCCUGUCUAUUAUAGUAUUGCAGUGUGUUUGACCAUAAAUGUUAAAUAAACGUCUCCUUACAGAAAACGUCGCGAUUAGGCUGUACGUUUUUAUUUGUUAAAUAAUUUGUUCAUCUGUUCAAGUCCCUGUGAACGAGCUGUUACUAGUAUUCGGUUGAGUGCAUUAAUAUAAAUAUAAUUACAUAAUUAAUAUAAACUUGUGUUUGCAGCUGCACGGUUAUCAGAGUUGAUGGUUUAGUAAAUGAAUCAGAAUGAAUCUUCUGACCAAUCAGAAUAGAGAAUUCAACAGCGUGCAUGCGUGGGUGUGCGAGAGAAACACUUCCGGACAGUUAUUAGGUGUACAGUAUAUACCCUACUGUAAAGCGAACCGCGAAUCUCGUUAAUCCUCGCGCUGUCCUGUUUCCGGAAACUGCGCGCGAGGACGCAGAAGACGAACGAAUCCCGCGUACUCUCUCGCGCUUCUAAGUGUUGACGGUAACUAACGAACUUCCUAAGCUGUAGAUCCGGGAUGCGAUGAAGUAAUCUAUGAAGUGUCGUGUGUGAUGUCGGUGUGAGAAGCUCAAGCACUCGAACAGGUGUGUUUAAAAGCAGGGCACAGGCAUUAAGCGGAGUCAUGGCUGAAGCAGUAACACCCAACACAGUCCACCUAACCUCCUGGUUCACUGAGUACCAGAAGAACCACAUUGUGAAGGAUGGUGUCACCCCGAAAUGGUUUCAUGGCACCAUAUCCAGGAAGCAGACUGAGGAGAUGCUAAUGACCAAACCUCCAGGCUACUUCCUGAUUCGUGUCAGUGAGAGCAGAAUAGGAUACACCCUGUCCUACAGAGCUGAGGAUCUCUGCAGACACUUUAUGAUCGACAUUCUUCCAGGAAACCAGUGUGAGAUUGUAGGUGAGAAUGUGCGGCAUUGCUCUCUCUAUGAUCUGGUAGACUUCCACUGCAAAACUCCAAUUCGUCCCUACAAUGAGCUGCUCACUGUAACCUGCGAUCAGGUUGGAAAAAAUAUCUCAGAAGACAUGCCUCCUGCCCUGCCAGCACGUCCCCCAAUUCCAAACCAGAACCUGAGCAUCUCAUCAGACACUUCAGUAAGCCCUCCGAGGCUCUAUCCCAGCCUAGAGCAUGAGCUUAGAUCUCUCAGCUUGGACAGUGUGGGAUCUCCUCUAAACCCUGCACCACAGUCCAGACCAAAAUUCAUCCUCACUCUACCAGAGAUUACCACCAAAUGGUGCUCUGCACAUGCUAAAACCACCACUGGAGGAGAGCAAACUACAGGUUUACCAACAGCCUCCAACCAGAGAACAUCUAAAGACAAAGUACCGCAAAAGAGUCUGGCAGAGUUGAAGUUCACCCGCAUAAACAUAAAUCAGUACAAGAAGAUCUUCAAGAAGAAGAAGAACCAUUCAGAGGAGCACACGUACAUGGAAAUCAAUGAAUCUGAAGUCACAACUGAACCUGCAGCAUUGCAGAUAGAUGCAAACAGGGACCACCAAGAGGUGCAUGGUGUUUCUGGUACAAUCCCAUUGGAAUACCUAAAUCCACCUCCGUUUGCUCCUGGCUAUUGAAACAUAAUCCAAAAGAACAAAUUAAAACGUUUAACAACACUAAUAGGUUUUCACCACAGCCAUUUAUUUAGAAUGUAUUAUAUUUUAUUGUUUUGCCGCACUCCUGGAAUGAUGUAUACAUCUGGAAUAAUAUUCAUAUACACAGUUGUUGAAUGUUCAAUUCUGAUUGGUCAGAAGGCAAUGAUUGAUUUUCUAUAACAGCACCUCUGCUAACAGCUGCAAAUUACAGGCCUAUAUUAAUGCGCUUUUUCUAAUAUAUAUUGUUUCUAUAGUAUCAACUUACUCAGGAUGAUUGUAUAGUGGACGCUCCAUGGAAUCUACAGUAAAAGGAUUCUAAAUAUGUUUUCUAUAUAUAUUUUUUUAACAGUCUCCAGUAUCAGCACUUUGUAACAGUACGUUUUCAGAUAUGUGAAAAUCUUCAUGACCGAAGACUUUCUGGUUUCUGAGUAACAUAUCAAGCUGCAUUUUUUGUCUUAAAGUGAAGGAACAACUGUUUAUGUUUAUAUAACAUAAGUGAUAACAGGAACUAUCUUGUUUCACAGACUUUCCACAACAUUUGUAACUAUAAAUAGUUAAAAAUCAUGAAGUGUCAAACUUUAAUGGUCUGAAAAUUGCAAUGGUACAAGAGGAAUAAAACAGUUUGAGGUGUGCUGUAUUUCCUAUUUUUAAUCUGACAAAGGCAACAUGUAAAUAAUUAUGCUUAUUAUUAUUAUUAUUAUUACUACUACUACUACUACUA